GUUGAGAUUCGUAGCUUCCAUGAAAAAUAAUGCAAUUUUAGGAUAAAGGGCGCAUACAGAUUGGAACUGCACAAGCCUGAUUUUCUACUUACAGAGUAAUUCUUAAUUGUACUCGACAUGACAGGAUGUAUGUACGAAUAUUCCUUGUCAGCAAAUUUCAUUCCCACGCUUAAAUCCAUCUACAUAAAUCAAGAUUGAGGGAGUUUUGUACAUAUUUGGGAGUGGCACCGUGGAGAGAGGACGCAUUUACAGUGAUCAAUCUCUUCAUUACUUUUUGAGCCUUCCGUUAAAAAACACCUUACAAACUUUUCAAACCAAAAAUACAUUAUCUAAAGAUAAGUACAUCAAAUAAAAAAUACCUAAAAAGCUCAAAUCUAGUCAUCUGUGAGAAAUUAUCCUGUCGCCAAUUGUACUAUUUCUUCGUCCUGAGUGCAUUGGUUUGUUGAAUUAUAAAAGGGAAAUGCGCCGGUAAAAGUGUUAUCCAAUAGUGCAGUCAAAUUUUGUUUUCCAAACUUUUUAACGUCACAUUAACGGAGCCGCCCGCUGCAGUGGAAUCGGCAAUGAUAUCUCCCGUUUGGAUCUCUCUGUACGGAAUACAUACUUACAUAUUUUAACACAUUCAUCCGAUUAUAUACAACUCUUCCUUUGCAAUACAUUCAUUAGUGGUAAGAUCCCCGACAAUAUACCACGAACAGAAGAAGGUAGCAUUGGUGACAUCAUGCAGGAAAAAUCCUCUGGAUAUCGUCAACGUGAUGCAAUCCGAUGCAUGUCGCAGUUCUCCGAAGUGGACCAGGUUUCUAAGUCAUCGAAAUAAUGGCAGCCAGGUUCAUCCGAACCCCGGAUGGUGUUUUUAAAGCUAAAUUUAACACGGAAGCUUAUUAUUGGUCGGUUGUCUUGCCCUACGUUGACCAUAAAAAGUACACCAUUGGCCAUACGUACACGUCGUGGGAGACGCAGGGGGAUUUCAUCUUUUUCAGGACCACGUGCACCCAGUUGGGCACGUGGAACUGGAAUUUUGGCCUGGAAAUCUUAUGCGAGGAUCAUGAGUAUUGGGUCAAAGCGUUAAAGGGAGACGAAAUUUUUAAAAACGGCGUAAAGCUGGAUGACGAAGUAAAAAAGCCGCUAAAUUUUGGCGACACAUUCACCAUGAUCAAGCGCCGCAACGAUAUUUCUGGUGGACUUGCCAUCUUUUCGUUUGAGAAACGCGAGUACCGUAACCUUUUAGAAUACUGUAGGAAAACUUGUGCCUCGGACAAUGCGAAAGAAUUAAAUUUCAUGUUGGAUCGAAAUCAACUGAUUUUCUCCAAAGUUCUGUCCCAUCUCUCCGUGCGAAGCUUGAAGAACGCUCGGCUAGUUUGUCGACACUGGGAUGAAGAAGUGACUCCAGUGCUGCAAAAGAUUUGUUGAUAUUUUUGCACCUUUGAGUGGGUGUGGCGGGCGCAAAUGGGGCCAUGGAAUGAAAUCCUUCUUCACUUUUGCUAGACUCACCUAGGACUACAACAUAUCCAAAGGGCAUCGAGAUCUGUGAUUCUGUCGGUGAAGGGUUGUCCUCCUUAGGAUUAGGGUAUGUAUUUAUUACUUGAAUAACUUUGAUGAGUGAAUUGCUGUUGAUGCAAAUGGCGUUAAAUAAUGAACAUUUCCAUAAGGCAACGAAUCUAUUUCUAGGGUGCUUUAUUGUACACUUCUGCUUAUGCUUUAUUAAUUACAUAGUUCGCUAACUAAUUAGAUCAUGGGUGCGGUGCUUCAACAUGCCAAAUUGUGGGCGUAGCUACAUACAAAUUCUAAAUUCAUUUAUUUAACACCUCUAACGUAUGAUUAACUCGUGCAUUGAAUUUAGGAAAAUAUGGCGUCAAUAUUCACAAUAUGGCAACAUCUUGUUUUAUUUAAUAUAUGAGAAUUUAUUUAAAAUUACAUUAAUUUAUUCAACCAUGCGGUGUGUAACGUAUGUUUAGUUAUACACCUACCAAUAGUAUAAAUUUGCGUUUCAUUGUGCUGCAUUGCAUCCCAUUCAAGGUUGGUUCAAUUGAAUUCCGGUCAUUUCUAUAUCCCCUCUCGAUUGGUCUGAUCUUGGUUAAAUAUCUUCUGAUCUAAAAGCCAGGUUAUAUUUAUCUAGACAUUAUAAAUAUAAAAAAUCAGAAUACAAUCAGCAUUACAAAUGUCAGAUAGUUCCAGGAAUUAGUAUUCACGAGGAAAAUAUCUAUAUAAUCAAUGACUUUAUCCAGUACUUUUUCCCCAGAUGGUAGAAAAAACGAUCAAUUCGGCCCUUCAUUUUGCAGACAAUUUAUUGUGCUAUCCCGGCUAUCAAUAAUUCCACACCCCAAGUGUUAGAUAAAUAAAAAUGUAAAAUACAUCUUGACCCGUUACAAUUUAGAACAAUACCAGAAUUCUUAGAUUAAAUAAUGGGUAAUGUAGGAAAAGGGUCAAGAAAUUGACCUACAUUGAUCAAAACCGUCCUGUGGAAUCUGAUUGGCAAUGAGAUUCAGUUGAUGCAUAAAUUAGGCGUUUGCAUUAAUUAUGUACACAAUUUUUGUGACUUGACAAAAUGUACAUAUGUACGCCGCAGUGGGUUCCAUCCCAGAAACAAGUUGGAUUAGCUGUAUCAUAACGAGACUUGUAAUAUAAAUUGAAUAACUCUGGUUAUUAACGCCUCGCAAAGGAAUAUUUUCGCAUAAGAAUAUUCGUAUCUUUGGCUGACACUAAAACGUCGUAAUUUGAACUUUUCACUGAAUCGCCACCCACGCCUUUAAUGAAUUCCAUAAUUCGAAAUUUUUUAAUUUAGGGGCCUUUGGCCCAUAAAUUAUAUUUAAUUCUUGAAACAUUUAAUUCAACUAUGAGGAAAAAUGGUACUACAAGAAGAUAACUUAUCCCAUAACAAUAUUCAUAAUUCAUUAUGUUAAUAGCUACUAAGGUCUAAUGACAACUAAUUUUAAAGUUUUAAUAUUAUUUAUGGCGCACUAUGAUCAUGUCCCACAUACAUCCGUGGAAAUUAGUUAGAUUAGGGUUUCGUAGUCUGCUCGAUAGUACACCAUUCUAUCUAAUCCUGUUGUAACCAUAAAGGUCUUUGGUGAGGAGGGUACUGGGGGGGUUCCUGUUUUAUAGUUUCUGAUUAACCAUAUGAUAAUUGGUUAAUCUGAGUGCAUUGCUAGUAGCAUUAAACAUGACAUUCGCUUCCAUGUCGUUUAUAUACUUACAUAGUGAGUCUGUGAGUCUAAGUUAGAUUAAUCCGUGGUGAUGAUUUACUUGUAUGAAAUCCUCCUCAUCUUCUUUUCAAAACAACAGAAUGAAAACCGUUUUAAAAUAUGUUUAGAACAUUUGAUAAUUACAUUAAGUAAAUCUUUAACAAAGCUGGAAAAAACUAAAUACUCCUGGAAAACUUGAGCACGAAGAAUUAUGUAGAUGUGGAUCGAUGGAACGACUUAAAACUUCGAUCUUCAAUUCUCAAAAGCUAUGGAUUAGAGGUGUCAUCGUACAGUUCCCUUGGUGUAAUUUCCGUCUUGUCCUUAAGGUUGUAAAUCCUAUUUCUUUUCUUCAUCAAUUCAAAAAUUUUAUUCCUUUCGACUUUCGCGUCUCUAUUUGUCCUAGCGCCACAUUUAUAGUUCCACAUUUUGUGAAAUACCUACUUCUAAUGUCAGUCAUUUUCAUUAUUUCUUUAAUCAUAAUCUUCCAGUACUGCCAGGCUUUGACUAUCAUUAGACUAAGGAUGACGCAAUCAGUUUAAAAUUGUUGCAUGGAUUCCAUGUCAUCAAACUCCCAAUCAAUUUUGAAGUAUUUUUUCUAAGAAGGGUACGGAUUGCAUAUUGGAUACUGCAGAAGACACUAGGUACUAGAGAAGUUAAAAUACAAUUUUUUUGCGGAAUGAACCUUAUGAUUGUCUCCUGCACAACUUACUUUAAUUUUUAGUUUCCCGAGAUUUUACUGCGAUGCGGCACCGCUGGCACACUACGGGAGGGUUGUCCCGACCUCGAUCCUUUUACUUAGUUCUUCAUGCCCUUCCGUAUCUGGAUUAUUUUAUCCUUGCAGCUGGAAAGGGAUUUAUUACUGGAUAGCACUUGACCCGUAUAAAUAUGUAGUGAUCGUGCAAGGGAAGGAGUAAGCCCCUCAUUUUUCUAAACCUUAACAACAAUAUUUUUCUCAGAUCAGUUAUCAGAGUGGUCACAAAAUGUUCGCACGGAGGGAACGAGCAAUAAUGCUUAUCCAAUUCUUCUUACCUGAUAUCUAUUUGUACAUAUAUGUGAUCGUGAACAACCGAACAAGUUUGUCCCCUUAACUUUGAUGUGUAUGUGUGUAUAUAAAAUAAGCAAAAUCUGAGUUAUGUGUUAGUACAUCCGAUAAUUACGGCAACAACACAAAUACAUAUCUGUAGACACAUGUCUUUGUGUUGCUGUUUGUUUGCUAUUAAAAGUCUAAAUUGACUAAAAAGUGUCUGGAAAUAAUUUUCUAAUUUUAUUAAUGAAUCAUCUGAGAAGGACAAAUUUAUUGUUAGUUUUCAAAAUAUCCCUGCGUACGAACUAUCUGAACCUUUGAGGGCGUAAUUAGCAGGUAUUCCUGCUCACAUAACACUGCCUCGUUUAAAGCGGAAGUCGGCAGAAAUUCUCAAAUCAUGAAAAUAUGUUAUCAAGUGAUAUGAAAGUUACUAAAAUUCCCCGUAUAGGAUAGUUAGAGAUUUUAGUGACUUAUUAUGAUCUCAUGUUGAGAAUAUUUCAGUAAUCAGAUCAUUCGAACUAUUGCCGGGCAAGCUUAAAAAUUAAGAACUAAAAGUUCUCAUCUAACUUACAACGCAUAGUACUUUGAAUUGAGUAAAGCAAAUAAAUACCCAACCGGCACAUCGCUGAUCGAUAUCUCUGCGAUGAGAGCGAUUAUUGAGCUACAUUUUCUAGCGCCCAAAUCGCUCAAUAAUCGCUGCAGUAGUAACUGCGAAAUCGUAAAGAUAUAGCUGGAUAACAUUUUCAGUGCGCGAGUAGCUGCGAAAUAGCGGAGAAAUCGCUACGUUUAAAAUCGCUUAAAAUCGCUUUAUACUCUACAAAUUUUUAGGUUCAUUGACAGCGAUUUCGUAGCGAUUUUCUAAGCCCAUUAACAGCGAGUUCGUAGAGAUUUAUUGUAUAAUGGUCUGACUGCAGUUAGAGAGAAGCAUGCUCCGUGAGUACUAGCCCGCUGACGGGCGGUGACAUGCCUUCUUGCCCUUAUUAUGUUUUAAGUUAAAGGUCAAGGCGUAGACAUUUGUGUAAGACAGUUCAAACAUUUUUGAAAAAGCCUCGUAAACUACAAUACGAAACGAGAAAAAGUAGUGCUCCCCUAUCAAAUUCUUUGGAAACGGAAGAGCUUCGUGAUUUCCAAAAUCAAGAAACAAAUUUUUGCGAGAAUGAAGUUGUCCAUCGCCUAGAAAGGACGUGUCAGGCCGGGCAAGUUUCAUUGGAUACACCAAAUAUAACGACACUACCAGCGACAGUGAUUUGUGAAAUUUCAGAAAGUUAUGGUGAUAUAGAAAGUGCUACCAAUGUGAACAUUAUAAAUCGAAUUAAAAAUUGGAGUUUAAAAUAUAACAUUACAAGCGAAGCUUUGUCGCGGCUUCGUCUGGUAUUAAAAAGCCACCCUUGCUUGAAUUUGAAUGAUUCUUUAUUACGUAAGAAAAGUCAAUAUUAUUCUUAAAAAUAGGUCAGGUAUUACUUUUACUCCGUAUUAUUUUAUUUUGUUCAGUUGGUCUUCAACGCAACACUAAGAUAAAGGCAAACGCAACAUUGGAGGCUCUAGAUUUGGCGAUUCCCAAAACUCUUAAGAAAGCUGCCGACAGACUAAGAACUCGAAAGUAAAACAACAAUGAAAUAUUUGUUUUGGUUAAUGGGAUUAUAAAAUUAACAGGAGAGCAGCCAAUGGACCUAUUAUUACUACAAAAAACCCAGUGGAUGGUGAACAGGCAGCAUGUUAUAAUUCUAUUGCUUGAUAUUUGUUGUUAUAUUUUCACCGUAUGUGUCAAUUUGAAAUAAAUUGUUCACUUUGAAUUUGAAUCAUUUGAGUUUUUAUUGAUUUUCAAGGCGACGUAUCAUUAAAUAAAGUAAGCUACAAUGAGCGAAAUCCCUACGAAAUCGGAGAAAAUUUCGUUGCUGAAUCGCUGCGAUGUAGCAAUAAAUCGCCGGCCAACUAGCGCCAAUUUCGCGACUAAUACGCAGCGAUUUGCCUGGAUUCGCUGAGCGAAAUCCGUAGUCGAUAUCGCGGCGAUAUAGCGGGAUUGUGCCGGCUGGGUAAGUAUACGUAUUUCAAAAGGAAAUGUAAUCCCACUUUAUUAUUACCUGGGAGCAUCUAUUAAAUAGAAAUAAUAAGAUUUAUGUAGCUAUAUAAAGUCUCCCAGUAAAAUUUUAAAGUCUUCUAGUAUUGUGCGCAACUCAAAGUGCUUCAGAUCUUAUGUAGGUCUAAAUUUCUGCAUAGAUGAAUCCCAGAAAUAUGGCGGUUGGAUGCCGUUUAUAUUAUUUAAAUG